AUGGAGCGACAACCAUGUGUUCCCAUCUAUACAGAUACUGAUGCAGUCAGAACUUAUACUCUCACGAGAGCCCUUCCCGCGCCAACUUCAAUUUCGGGUACUAUACAUUCCUCAGACUCUACGGCAACCAGUACUGCGUCAGUUGUCGAAACUUUUACAACAAUUAUCACGCGUCCUGUGGUCUAUGUCACAUGUCCUAUUUCUUCGGCUACUUCGACGACUUCAGCGUCACUCCCCUCUGUGAAUAAAACUGCCUCCACUUUGUCAGAUUUCAUAAGGCCGACCGUUACGCAAACGGUCAUAGUCGCUGUCCCUCCUUCGGGCACUACUAAUCUUACAACUCCAACGCCUUUCAUGACUUUAAGUACUCUCUACCCGACUACAACUGCCAUAUUAACGGGAGCCUUGUACACAACUCACGAAAACACCUCCAAUAUACCGCUUACUCGUUCUCUGGUUGUCUCUACUCCAGAUACAAUUACUGCGGUGUCAGCAAACUCUAGUCGGCCCAUUGUCACACGAACAACUAUCGUCACUGCUGUAUCUAGUGAUGCAACUAGAAGCUUAUCAGUUUCAGCCAUUCCUUCACCAAACGUGACUACAGUUACUUUAUAUGGUACUAUCACUUCAGUCAGGAUAUUAUCCGCCACGCAUACAUUGUUCACCCCCAGUGCCACUACUCUACCUGUUACUCGUUCUUUGAUCGCAUCUUCAUCCGGGAAUACGACUAGCACUGCGUUUAUGAAUUCUACCCGCUCAACCGUGACGAAGACGAUUAUCCUCACCAUACCUACUACAACGCAUGUUUUGUCUAGCUCAUCUACACCCUUGCCGUUAACUCGUUCACUUGUUGUAUCUCCGCCAAAAACGAAUGUCAGCCUGCUUACCGAUUCUUCGGGGCCUACAGUCACGCAGACAGUAAUCGUCAACGCUUCACCUACUAGCCUGUCAACGUCCUUUAUUCCUACACAAAACAUUACAGUGAUAACCUUAUAUGGCACUUUCACGACCACAAAGACGGGGACAGUUACCCAUGCGUCACCGACUGCUACGACUCUUACUCCACUUACGCUCACUCGCUCACUUAUUGUUUCGCCUCCUAACGCAACUGGGGCCCCAUCGCCAACUUCUACCCGACCCAUCCCAACGCGCACAGUUACUGUUGUAGUCCCAUUAAGCGUCACUGUCCCCUCAUUGGCUGCGAUCACCGGUCCUCAAUACACAAUAACUGAUACUACUACCACUACAGUAUUGAUAGGAUCCGUAUCUUUGACAUCGACAGCCAGCUCCACUUUGUCAUCACUCCUACCAUUGACUCGUUCUCUAGUAGCCUUUCCUUCGCCUGCAACGUCGGAAUCAACCUCAAUUUUAACUCCGACCCACACUACCAUCACUCAUACUAUCAUUGUAAGACCUACACCUACAAUAACAUCGACAUCAACGGUAUUCGUAUCAUUGAGUACACAAUAUGUGAUCAUAACCAUGAUUAAGAUGGGGACAUUGUCCCCCAUCCAAUCGACCUUGGCGACCAAUGCUUCUCCAAUCAUGUACCCGACAAAAGCUUUGAGCACGCUGUCAAUCUCAAAUCUAAGUUCGCAUAUAACCGUGACCAGGACCGUGAUUGUUCCACCACUGCCCACAACCACCAUCUUUACCGCAGUCAGCUUAUCGAGUUCUCCAGCGACAACUUUAGUGCUGACCCGCAGUCUCCUGGCUCCGGUGCCAAAUGUACCUACAACUACUUCAAGGGCUAUGGAAACAGUGACACAGACGGCCUGGUAUGUCCCCGUUCCGACCACGGUUUCGUAUAUUUCCGUCACUACGGCCACCGUGACGGAUGUGUUUACCCUUACCCCGACCCCAACCACUGUCGUUGUGAUAUCGGAGACUACGAAGCUUAGGAAGUCCACCGUUACUGAGGAAGGCGAAACUGUCACUCAAUUAUAUACCGUAUUAAAUCCGACUACGGUGAUAGUGGACCCGACAAAUUCGCAAUUGAGCCUCAGAAAUCAAGGGGCCACAUUAACUCCGAACGCCAACUCGAUUGCUUUGACUACGCCCACACCUACACCUGUUGAAGUAGAAAGUAACCAUGUAAACAAGGGUGCGAUUGCUGGGGGUGUAAUUGGUGGAGUGGUUGGGGUGGCGCUCCUACUUACCGCAUUGAUACUGGCAAUUCGUUGGAGGCGCAAGAAACAGAGUUCUGGGAAUAUGUUGGUAGGGUCGCCAGUCGCCGUUGAAAGUGGGAUGACUGAACCCCGUCUCUGA